UUCAAACAGACUUAACAGAGCGCACUGAGAACUUUAAAACGAUAGCCAACUGUUGAAUCCAACUUUGGCUGAAAAUAAAGGAAACGACGAGGGAGCACAUAUUGGAACCACUCUACGCACUCUUACUUCACAAUCACGAUCAAGAAAAUGUCGCCUUCAGAGAACGACUUUGAUAUACCGGCGAAGAACUGUUGUAGGAUGGUGAUUUUGGGGUCCACCAAAGUGGGCAAAACAGCCAUCGUGUCUCAGUUUCUGAACGGGAGAUUCGAUGAGCAGUAUACGCCGACCAUAGAGGACUUUCACAGGAAACUGUACAGCAUUAAGGGAGAUGUAUACCAACUGGACAUAUUGGAUACCUCAGGAAACCACCCAUUCCCUGCCAUGAGGAGACUAUCCAUACUGACAGGUGAUGUCUUUAUCCUGGUUUUCAGCUUAGACAACAGAGACUCAUUCGAGGAGGUUCAGAGGCUCAAGCGACAGAUAAUUGAGACCAAGUCUUGCCUAAAAAACAAGACCAAGGAGAACGUUGACGUGCCUCUGGUUAUCUGCGGCAAUAAGGGCGACCGGGAGUUUUGCCGGGAGGUGCAGAGUGAAGAGAUUGAGCAGUUGGUGGCUGGAGAUGAGCAGUGCGCAUACUUUGAGAUAUCAGCCAAGCGCAACACCAACGUGGACCAAAUGUUCCAGACCCUAUUCACCAUGGCCAAGCUACCCAAUGAGAUGAGCCCGGACCUCCACCGUAAGGUCUCGGUGCAGUACUGCGACAUGCUUCGCACUAAGUCCCUGAAAAAUAAGAACAAGAAAAACGAUGGAGACGCGUAUGGCAUCGUGGCACCGUUCGCACGGCGCCCGAGCGUCCACAGUGACUUGAUGUACAUAAAGGAGAAGGCGAUCGGUGGCGGGCAGGGAAAGGAUAAAGAGAGAUGUACUAUCAGCUAGGACUAUGAGAUUAAUUUUAUGGAAGAUAUUGUAACCUAAAAGGAUAUGCUUCAUUUGUGAUGCACCUGACAGACGGGGUUUGGGCGCGCAAGGCUGCCCAUGCCGCUUCCGUUGCCCUUAGUGGGGACACUUGAGACAGCGAUGCGAAAGCCUAUGAGCUCCAGGCGCAAUGAUACUGUCUAGAUUCAACCUCUCCACAAACGUGGAAGCGCAUGUUACAUGUCCGCGAGACAUUUAAAGAACGUUCGCUACUUUGUUCUGUUAGACCAGAGCCUUAUGUGAUGUGGCUUAAAAUAUUGUGAGAUUAUUCACAACAAAUGUGUAAAAUGUGUUGUUUAGACAGGCGAGAAAACAGACUCCUGGCGUGGAGUACAAUGUGAAGAAUGUUGUUUACAUUUUGUUAUAACAUUUUAUAACAGAUAAUUCAACUUGAAUGUUGCAAUCUGAACAAUUUUAUAUUGUGAAUGUAUAUUUAUUGUAUGUCGACGUCAACUUUUGCAAAGAAAGGAAGAAAAGAACUGAAAAAUAAAUACAAAAAUCUGAAUCUGCUGUUUCUUUAUGCUUUUCUUCUCACAAGGUGUUUUGAAAGGCCCACUCUAUUCACUCAUGCCCUUGACCUAGUAGGCCUAGAUACUGUGUCUAGGGAAACUACCUAGACUAAACACCAAAGCAUGAAUUCAUGAAAUAAGCUGCAAUGAGCAGUCUAGCAUUCAAGACAGUUGAGAGCCAAAUGGUCCCACACCACUAGUUUACAGAUUGAGAAAUAAUUUAGCCUACUUGGAUGUAAGAACUAUAAUUACCCAAUAAUGGGAACAUAAUUAGAGGACCAUGCGCUUUUUCACCUUUUGCAUUAUUGGCUUAUUAUAGACCUACCUAGUCCUAACACUGGGCACACACUGGUUGAAUCAACAUCGUUUCCACGUCACUUCAAUGAAAUUACAUUAAACCAACAUGGAAUAAAUGUUGAAUUGAUGUCUGUGCCUAGUGGGGAAGUAUACUGAACAAAAAUAUAAACGCAACCUGCAACAUUUUCAAAUAUUUUACUGAGAUACAGUUCUGAGGGCAAAGGGGGGUGCAAUUUAAUACUAGGAAUGUGUUCCUAAUGAUUUGUACACUGAGUGUAUUUAAAAAAAAUACAAAUAUAAUUCUGAGUUAAAAGAUUACACUCCUUGGGGACAAACACAAACAUGAUAAGAAUGUAUAUCCUUGGCCUGUAUGC